AUGCCUUUCGGAAUUGGAGCCAUCAAUGCUGUCCGCACUACAUUCUACGUCAUACUGUUCAUGUUCUCCGCCGUCAUGAUUGGCUUGACGGCGGCACGCUUGGAAUACACGACUCACCUCCCACCUUGGGACCCGCUCAACCAGGGCCACUCGUUCUACAACCCCAUUGUCGCCGAACUGCUGGCAUCGUCGUGCCUAUCCUUGCUAUGGUCGCUGUUCGCGCUACACAUCCUCUUCCCAGGUUGGACGUUUGAAUACGGCAUCUUGUCCAGCUUCUUCGGAGAGAUGCUGGGGCUCUUCUGCCUCUUCGUCCUCUGGCUCGUGGGAGCCGCCAUCUCCUCCACAAUGUGGGCGGAGCUCGGAUGGUGCCACGAGUACGAGGCAUGCCGACUCCUGACAGCCCUUGUCGCGUUCGCGUGGCUCGGCUGGGCGAUGCUGCUCUUCCUCCUCUUCAUCAGUGUGCUCUUCGCCGUCAUGAACCGCGCCCUGUUCUGGCAGAUGCACGGGCGGUACAACCCUCGCGCUAGCACCUACUAAAUCCACUGCAUCAGCAUGAGCCAUUGUGUUGAUGAUGAAUUCAACGAAGA